CCUUUAUGAUUAAUCAUUGAUUUUAAGUCGAUAAAUAAAAACUCCACCCUCUCCACGAUCUCCUCUAAAUCCUCUUGGUUAGAAAAAUGGAAGAGUGACUUCACCGACUCGCCAUUAAUUCAACACCCGUUUCUUCUACCCACCUCCACCAAAUCAAUCAACACUUCAUUAUUACUCUUCCCUUUCUUCUUCUCAACAUCAACUAACUUCCCCUUCUUCCUAAAUUCCUUCUAUUCAAUUUUCACUUCCCAAACCAAACAAAAAUGGGAAGCAGAGAUCUGGAGAAGAACAGAGAUGCCAACAACAAUUACAACACCUACAAUAAUUACUCUAAUUACCCACCACCACCAUCUUCUUCAUCUGUGUAUCAUGUUGAUUCAUCUGAAAGACAAUGGACUUCUUGGUUGGUGCCCAUGAUUGUGGUUGCUAAUGUUGCUAUGUUCGUUGUUGUCAUGUUUAUCAAUAAUUGUCCUAAAAAUAACUUUGGUUUUGAUGCUUGUGUUGCUCGUUUUCUUGGGCGUUUCUCUUUUCAACCCCUCAAACAGAAUCCUCUUCUGGGUCCUUCUUCUAACACAUUGAUGAAUUUGGGGGCUCUAAAAUGGGAUAAGGUGGUGCAUCAACAUCAAGGAUGGAGACUUAUUACUUGCAUCUGGUUGCAUGCUGGUGUAAUCCAUCUCCUUGUGAAUAUGUUGAGUUUGGUGUUCAUUGGUAUUCGCCUUGAACAACAAUUUGGAUUUGUUCGAAUUGGAAUACUCUACCUUGUUUCAGGAGUCGGUGGAUCUGUACUCUCGGCACUUUUUCUCCAACAGAGCAUAUCUGUGGGAGCCUCUGGUGCCUUGUUUGGACUUCUUGGUGCAAUGCUUUCUGAGCUUCUUACUAACUGGACAAUCUACGCGAACAAGGCCGCUGCACUGUUCACACUUUUGAUCAUGAUUGCUAUCAACUUAGCUGUUGGAAUUCUUCCUCAUGUUGACAAUUUUGCCCACAUUGGAGGGUUUCUAUCAGGAUUUCUACUUGGAUUUGUGUUGCUCUUACGUCCUCGAUUUGGAUGGCUCGAGCGUCACCAACUACCAGAGCAUGCACGUGUGAAAUCCAAAUACAUGCCAUACCAAAUCGUGUUAUUCUUUAUUGCAGCAGCAGCAUUGAUAGCUGGAUUUACUGUUGGAUUGGUAAUGCUUUUCCAAGGAAAGAAUGGAAAUGACCAUUGCAAAUGGUGCCGUUAUCUGAGCUGUGUGCCAACUUCGAAAUGGGAGUGUGGAAACUGAGUAGAUAUUGGAACUCCUGCGGUGUUCAUAUGUUCAUCUCGAUAGUCGAUACUAUUUUCGUUUUUGUUUUCUUUUUUUUUUAUUUUAUCCCCCCUUCAAUUUUGGUUUUUAUAGAUGGAAUGGUUUAUCAUUGUACAUGCGUAGAUAGUGAUACAUAUUAUUAGUGUGUUUAUACCCACAACCAUUUAGCGGGUGCUUGAUUUGGCGUUCAUGGAAAUACUUAAACUUCAUUCAGUUCAGUUCAGUUCAAAUCCAUUUAAUUCAAUUUGUUUAAGUUUAUCAGGCACCCACUUUACCUAAUUAAACAAUUUAUUUACUAAAAUCAAUUAAAAAAAAGUAGUAACCUAAUCUACAAAAACAUGCCAACACCGCAUAAAACAAAACCGAACCUCCACUCAACGCUUCUCCAAAGCAGUAGGAAGCCAAGUCGGCUUUUUAUGCACAUCUAAAGGAGUCUUCCAACAACUUCGAUCGAGUACGCUUUAUUUUUUCACUAUUUUAGAAAUUUCAGUGAACUUUUUAAAUUGUUUUUAUUUCUUUUUCGGGUGAUGUAGUUGCGCAUAUAAUAUAUCAUUUGAAAAUUCUUGAAGUUUAGUU